AUGCCUAACCUAGAAAACAAUUACAGUAGCAGAGUCCUAUUUGCAUUUAUUAGUACAGAAACAUCUUUUGUGAUUUUCAGGACCAGAAAAUGCAUGACACAUGAGAAGAUGCACCUUCAUCUGUUCUGUGAGAAAUGUGUGAAUCAACAUCAACACAGAGCUGCCGAAGGGGGGGAAAAAAAACCCUACAUACAACUCAUUCUCUGGAGACUUGAGGAAUCAUCUACACAUCACAAUUCAAUAGACAUCAAUGCAUGA